CCCUUUCCCUUCCUCACUCAGCCUCAGGUUGUUCAACGUCACACUAGAGUCUGUUCGGUCACUCUGUCUCCCUCAACGCGCCUCGCAAAAUGGCCGAACCGUACGGGACGGAGAAGCCCAACGGCGAAGGGAGUCACCCCCGCCGAACUGAGGAGGAAACCUUGUACGGCGUUUUCCAUCGUAUGGUGUCCGCGAUCUUCUUCCCUUAUGAUCAGCGUGAGCGUGCUCCGCUGCUGCACCGGAUCAGAGCCUCUGUGGCCGAUAACGCACCCUUCCUUCGAGAAGCUUCUGGAAACACUGGGCGGAAUGUUUUUCUCUGGACUCGGAGGGGCAGUCCCCUCCGUGCCCUCCUCGUCAUUUCUGUUGGGACAAUCACGCUUCUUGCUUUGACAGGAUUGCUGGUCUUUAUGCUUUUCUUUCUGGCUGCAACCGUCAAUGCCAUUGUUAUAUCUCUUUUGGUGUCUUUGGCUGCAGCAGGUGGCUUCUUGGCCUUUUUCUUCACCUGUGUAACAUUUAUAUAUAUUGGUGCAUUAUCAGUAGCUGUCUUUGUUAUUGCUGGUGCUACAAUUUCAGCAAUCAUAGCUGCUCUCAUAGUUACAGGUUGGAUUGGAUUCUUCUGGACUUUGUGGUUAGCAACAAAGAAAAGCGUGAACCUUGCUAAGCACUCGCUGACCAUGAGUGCUUCCACACUCUCCGCUUACUCUUCUGCUAGGCAUGCUCACUGGCGUCAAGAACCACACAAGAUAUCAGAUUGAAAGUUACCGCAAAUAGAUUUCCAGUUUGGAAGUAUAGAAUGUAAUUAAAAUAAUUACUAGUCAAUACCACUAGUGAAAAUGGAACACUUCUCAUUUACUUUCAUUUUUACUGUAUUAUCCUUUGAAGUUUGCGGUCUGCCUUUCCAUAUGAAGACAAUAAGUGGUUUCUUGUAUUUAA